GUCAAACAGGCGUCAGAACAUGACAAACAGGCGAGCGAUCAUGAGCUGCUCUCUUCCCCCGCGUCCAGCGCGCUCGGCGCGGAUCUGACGGAGCGUUCCCCGCAGCAGCAGCUGCCUCUUAUGGACGCCGAGCGCACAGAAGCAGCAGAGCCAGACCUCUCGACGCGCAUGGAUUUGCCCGCGGGGGAACUUCUUCUCAGCGCCUGAUCGCUCCCACCGCAGCCUCGCCCUCUCUCCCCAUGAAAAACAGCGUCUGGAGCGGCGCGAUAAUGUCGAGCAAAAGCGCCGAGUGGCUGCAGGAGGAGCUACAGAGCGGCGGCGGAUCGCUGCUGCUGCUCGACUGCCGCUCACACGAGCUCUACGAGUCCUCGCACAUCGAGUCCGCCAUCAACCUGGCCAUCCCGGGACUCAUGCUGCGGAGGCUGAAGAAGGGCAACCUGCCCAUCCGCUCCAUCAUCCCGAACACCGAGGACAAGGAGCGCUUCGUGCGGCGCUGUAAGACGGACACGGUGCUGCUGUACGACGAGGCGGCGGCGGCGGACUGGCAGAGCUCCGUGCUGGGGCUGCUCCUGCACAAGCUGAGGGACGACGGCUGCAAAGCCUACUACCUGGAAGGAGGAUUUAACAAGUUUCAGACUGAAUACCCAGAGCACUGCGAGACGAAUCUGGACUGCUCCUGUCCGAGCAGCUCUCCGCCCGCGUCCGUCCUGGGUCUCGGCGGCCUGCGGAUCAGCUCCGACUGCUCCGACGGCGAGUCGGACCGGGAACCGGGCAGCGCCACCGAGUCCGAGGGCAGCCCGCUGCCCAGUAACCAACCAGCAUUCCCAGUCCAGAUCCUCCCCUAUCUGUACCUGGGCUGUGCCAAAGACUCCACCAACCUGGACGUUCUGGGAAAGUACAACAUCAAGUACAUCCUGAACGUCACUCCCAACCUGCCCAACAUGUUCGAACACGACGGGGAAUUCAAGUACAAGCAGAUUCCCAUCUCGGAUCACUGGAGCCAAAACUUAUCUCAGUUUUUCCCUGAAGCCAUUUCUUUCAUCGGGACACAAAUGUCAUCAAACUGUGAGGCAUUGCCAAGCUGCUUAAAUCUGACAGAUAGGCAUCUCCACACAUUUCUCAAGCAAACGAGCUCGGGUCAGGUCAGACGAGCUUUCCCGUGGUGAUGUAAAACAAGGGCACAACAUUACUGGAAGGGUGCAGCAGAGGAAGCGGAUAUAAUUGAUUCAGUGAGCUGUACAGAAGUGAUCGAUGUAGGCCAUAGAUCACAGAGCUCCACCACUAAUGGUGAAGUGAACCGCGUGAGCAUGAAUCGAGCAAAGCAUGCACGGAUUUCAUCGUUUGCUUUGAAUGGGUAGCAAACCUGUUCAUUUAAAUAAAUAAAAGCUUGGGUCUCCAGAUGAAUUGGGAGGGAAACAGUUUUAGUUUCUCUGGUGUUUUGAUGCCAGUGUUGUUCCACUGAAGCCACAUGUGCUGUCUGCGGCAGAUCUUGGGUGACACUUUCUGUAGUCAUUUCCUAAAAUCAUCUAGUCUGAGGUUAUAUCUGCAUUACAAAGGCUCAGUUUGGUCUUAGUCUUUGUACUCGGUCUCCUCAAGAGCUGCAAAUGGUAAAAGUCUGCACUGUGGUGUUUGUGGUAGGUAUAGAAAGCCAAGAGCGCAUGAGCUCACUGUUUACAUCCAUUUUAAUGUGACCGUGUACAGCUUUACUGAAACACCACCGGUAUUGAAAGUGAAAUGAUUUCCCGUUCGCACUGGGGGUGUUUUCGCCUGACAGUAGUCUGGCAUCUCACUCACAUGUGCUUUUGACUGGAACCUGUUGUUCUGGUUUCUGCCGCUCAUUCUUAACCUUUAAAUAAAUUGAGACUGUGGGAAAUAUCUAGUUGAUGAGAUAACCGUGUAACUGAGUGAUAGUAAAGGGAUAGUUCACCCAAAAGGAUGAGUGCAUGAUGACAGAAGGUUCAAUGUUGGGUCAGUCAGCUUUAUUUAUAUAGUGCUUUAUACAAUGCAGAUUGUGUUAAAGUAGCUUUACAGUAUUAAACAGGAAAAUAGUGUGUCAAUAACGCAAGAGGACGAUAGUAAACACUUAUGUUUCCAGUUAAAGUCAGUUCAUCAUUUAUUCAGUGAUGUCAUCGUCCAAGGGCGCGUUUCCCAAAGGCAUUGUUAUCUAACUACGGUUGUUAGUUCCAGUGAACUCUAUCAGUGUUGACAGAACUUGCGACCAUAGUUGUGUUUUUGGGAAACGCACCCUUAGUUCAGUUUAAAUAGUAUCUGUGCAAUCAAAUCCACAAUAUUGCCAGAAAUGAAGAGUCCCCAACUAAGCAAGCCAGAGGCGACAGCGGCAAGGAACCAAAACUCCAUCGGUGACAGAAAUGGAGAAAAUAAAUAAUCUGAAGUGGUUAACCGUGCAUUAUCCUUUGGUCAUGAGGUAAGCAGGUACGAGAGAAGCGGAAGGGAAAACUGGUGCACUGAACCAUCACAACAUCCUGUUAUGCAGAUGGACGCUGCUGUUCGCUCGCUGAACACUUUCACUUUUGCUGCGUAAACACACUCUUCAUGUGAUCGUUUGUGUAAAUGGUGCCGUUGCUUCCUAUUGAACCUUAGGAAGCUUUGCUGAAAGGAACUUCCUGUUUAGAUAAAAAAAAAAAAAAACAGCAAACGCUGGAGAGCUCGGUGGUCGUUGUUGUUUUACAUACUGUACGUUGUGUUUUAUGAAUUCACUGAAGCUCCGAAGUGUCUUUGUGGCAGAGCCAGGGUUUCUGGGGGAAGUGACCUCAUUGUUCUAGGGUUCAGCUGGACUCGGAGCGCUCUUGCCACAUCCAUCACGAGCGGAGAAGAGGAAAUGGCCACUUUACUCGCCUGGCACUAAUGGCUCUGUAGUACGUCAUGCCCCACAAAACCAGAUGCACUUCGUCUCUAAAUAAUGUAUAGCUGUACUUUCUCCCAUUCACGGGUCAGAGCUGGUAGAAAACUUUAGAGAGGGCUUUUGUCACGUGGGUUAUCUUGACUUUAGCUGUUGUCUGGGUGAAUCGCUCAUGGCUCUGCUGACUGGAGCUGUAGAGCGCGUCACUCUUAUCAUCGCUCACUGAACGCUACCGUACUGAAGCAGACUCUACCACAGCCACCGUGUCAUGAUUGGCCAUUUCAGGAGUUCAGCGGAGCCUUAUGAAGUUGAGAUUAAACUUCUUUUUUCCAAACAAGAGCCCACGACUAAUUGGUCUACAGGAAGCCCUGUAUGAUUACACAGACUCCCAUCAGACAUGUCUCUUAAAGGGAUGGUUCCCUCAAUAAUGCACAUUUUAUUGUGUUUCUCCAUACAGUUAUAGUCAGUGUGGACUGAAAGUUUCAAGCUCUCUAAAGGUAACAAAAAUUUAAUCCGGUGCUUCUGAAACAAUAUGACUUUGUAUGAUAACGGUGUAGAAAGUAAACCUGUGUUCACUUUCAAAUCAAACAUGUCCAUAGCAUCAAACCUCAUUGGUUCUUGUGUGAUGACGUCAUGACUUUAAGCUUUAAAAUGCGAUGCUAAUGUCAUUUAAAAACUCAAACGCAGCAGCAAAAGGUGUCUGUCCACAGGCCUGUUCACACACUCAAAAUUAGAUCAUGAUUCUUCCUGUGCUACUCACUGAAGCUUAGCAAAAUGCUUUGGUCAUGAGCAGCACUCGAGUCGUAUUUUUAUGUAACCGCAGCAUCUCUGGGCAUGUGAUCAAAAACAUGAAUCUUCAGAGUUCAGUCGUCAGUUUCUGGAAGCAAAAAUACCAUUCAUUUACAAGAGGAAUUGAUUUUAAACAAUAACUAACCUGUAAAAAUAUAUAUUAGUAAAUGUAAAAUAUUGUCUAUAUAAUCAACACAUAUUACAGUUUUAUAUUUCAUUGUUUUUUUAUUAUCUAUAAAGCUUGAUUAGAUUCCAUUUUUCGCCCCUCAUUAAAGCCAUUAAGUAGACAAU